AUGCAGCAACUCAUAAAUCAGGGAAGGGGCUCAGAAGAAAGUGAGAAAUUUGUCAUGAAAGGAAAGAAAGAGGUAAAGACGGGUAUGGAUGCUAGAAAGAUAAUCUGGGAGGUGAAGAAGAAGUGUCAUAAAGUGUGUGAUGAAGAUAAGCCGAGUUUUUGCAAGAAACCCGAAGUUUCAUUGACAGAACUGGUUGAACUGUUACCACAUCUAGGAAAAACUUCUAAAGACCAUCCUGAUAAGAAGAAACUCAUUUCAAUGCAAAAUUUGUUUAGAUACCCAAAGGCUGAAGGGAGGAGGUACUUCGAGGAGUUGGAUAAGGAUGGGGAUGGCCAAAUAAUUCUGGAAGAUCUAGAAGUAGAAAUGAGAAAACGAAAGUUGUCGCGAAAAUAUGCUACAGCAUUUUUGAGUCGUGCAAGAAGUGGUUUGAAACAAUUCUUAUCAUUAAUGGAAUGA